CCACAUCCGAGGUCCGAAGCCGGGGACGACCUUCGAUUGAACGUCGAAUGCUCGACGACUACAUCACCACUUCCCUUUAGGCAACCCAACAUUAACAAAUGAACCCAACCAGACUUGCUGCUUGAAUACCAAACGACCCCUGCCUGAUCAGACAAGUCUAUCAUCCUCGUGUCGACCAGCCUACUCUCACAAUGCCUCGCCCAGACCAACGCCACAUUCCCAAAGAACCCAUCGAAACACCCUUCACCCUCUUCCUCUGGGGCGCAGAGAAAUUCGCCCGGCGCAAAGCUAUACUCGCAGCCUUCACUUCCAACCCAAUCUUCAGCAAAAAAGACAUCGUCCUUCCCUCCCUCGCCCGCAAAGACGCGUGGACCCGCUCAGCCCUGCAAGCACGCGAACUCAUCCGCCUCAAACUCACGCACAACUGGUCGCACACGCAGUUCCUCGACGCCGUGCGCGAAACCGACAACUUCCUGCCCGUGCAGCCGCAGUUCCGCAUUUUCCUGUCCAACCUGGAGCGCCAGGCGAGCGACGAGCAGAAGGCCGAGUGGAUCCCCAAGGCCGAGCGGUUUGAGAUUUUCGGGUCGUAUGCGCAGACGGAACUCGGGCAUGGGUCGAAUGUGAGGGGCAUUGAGACGACGGCGACGUUUGAUCGCGAGGCGGAUGAGUUUGUUAUUGAUUCGCCGACGCUGAGUAGUACCAAGUACUGGAUUGGCGCGACGGGCGUCUGGGCUACGCAUUCUCUCGUCGUGGCGCGCCUCAUUAUCGACGGCAAGGAGUACGGCAAUCAUCUCUUCUUCACUCAGAUCCGCGAUCUGGACACUCAGCGCCUCAUGCCCGGCGUAGAAAUCUACGAACUCGGCCCCAAAGCCUUCCAGGGCAUGCUCGGGACGGAUAACGGCGCCAUGCAAUUCCACCACGUCCGCGUGCCGCGAUCGCAAAUGCUCGCGCGCAACGCGCAAGUGCUGCAAGAUGGGACGUACGUGAAGCCAAAGAACGAACUCCACAGCUACGGCUCCAUGGUCACUGUGCGCGCCAUCAUGGCCGAGUGCACGGGUUGGGAUCUGCUCAAACCCGUCGCGGUGGCAUACCACUACACCAGCUACCGCAAGCAAUUCAAAAAGGCCCCUUCCCAAGCAGCAGAGACGACGGUCAUCGACUACGCCAGCGUGCAACACCGCCUCAUCCCGCUUCUCGCGCAAGCCACCGCCCUCGUCCUCGUAGGCCAACGCAUCAAACAAGCCUACGACGACUACUCCAGCGCCAACAUCCGCACAGGCGACUUCUCGCAGCUCGAAGACUUCCACCUGCAAACCGUCGGGGCGAAAGUGUACAGCACGGAAAUCACCGCCCACGGCAUCGAGACGUGCCGCAUCAUGUGCGGCGGCCACGGGUACCACGCUCUCGCCGGCUUCGGAAGAAUGUACGGCAACGCGGUGAAUGCCCUGACCUACGAAGGCGACAACUACGUGAUAGGCAAACAAGUCCCGCGCGCCAUCCUCAAACACUGGCGCAACAAGACGGAGUCCUCGCUCCCGACCCUCUCCUACCUCUCCAAACUCCGGAACCGCAACUCCCUCUCCCCGCCCAAACUCACAGCCCAAUCCGACUGGCUGCGUCCAGAAGUCCAACGCUGGGCGCUAGAAGAGCGCCUCGUGUCGCUCGUGAGCCAACACAUAGCCGACACAGAAGCAGGGCACGACACGAGCUACAGCAGCCACGCGCUGACAAUGGCGCACGGCGACAUGGUGUACUGGAACGGAUUCGAAGCUCUGCUUCGCGAUCUCGAGAAGCGACGGCCUAAGCCGGCAUUCACGGAGGCGGUGCGCGCGCUGUUUGACGUCUUUUCUUUGUCGGUGCUGCAGAAGCCGCAUCAUGCUACUCUUGCUACUGCUUUGCCGCUUUCGAGCGUGCAGCGGGGAUUGCUUCGGCAGGCGGAGAGAAGUGCUAUAGAGGCGUUGGCGAGUGAGCACUUGGAGGAGAUUAUGACUGCGUAUGGCUUCACGGAGUACGAAAUGGAUAGUGCUCUGGCGCGAGCGGAAAAGGAGCCGUACGAGGCGCUGUUUGAAGAGGGUGGAAAGGGGAGUGAGAUGAGCGGGAACAGGAUGGAGCAUUUGUUCGGGAUGAUGGUUGAUACUCGGCGGAUGUGGCGACGGAUUGAGGAGGAGAAGGCGGGGAGGCCGAAGUUGUGAAAAAGAUGUAACGGGCAUACGUGAUGAUUAUGAG